UGGGUUUCCUUUAUGAUCCCGGGAUCUCCCACUUCCCUCACCAGACAUCAGCCCUCCACACAGGCGAACACAACCCCACUCUGCCCCUCUCUCUCCCUGCAGCUGCAACCCAUCCGGAGACCGCAGCGAGACCACAACAACACCCGGACCUGAGACGCUGGUGGCCCCUUAUCCACACCGAGUAACACCCAGAAAGGAGCCCAGCAGGAGCAACGCACCAACCGCUGCAGCUUGCACCCGCAAAAUAAACGGAACUACGGCUUUAUUGCGCAUAUAAAGCCACUUUUAUCUACUUUUUCCCCGCCAAUCAACGCUGGUGAUCCUCCGUCGUGCCACCAUGUCCGAGGUGCUGCCAUACAACGAGGGGAAAAUGAGCGGCUACGGGGCGGACAGCGAGGUCAGCCAGAUGUCCUUUAGUUGUGGACUGCAGGACUCGAGCGCCUUUUACGCUGCGUCGCAGGCGAAAAGACCCCCAAAGCUGGGACAGAUCGGGCGAGCCAAGCGAGUGGUCAUCGAGGAUGACCGGAUAGACGAGGUCCUGAAGGGGAUGACAGACAAGUCUUCACCCGGCGUUUAAACGUGACCCGACGCCUUGCGGACUUUUUUCAUUUUGAUGACCGAAUUUGAAGCACUUGAAGCGGCUGUGCAUGUUCGAGGACUGCGGGAGAAAAGCGACGGCACGAAGCGAAGCUGGGGUGGCUGACGAAAGGCGAGG